GGACGACACGAACCCGCCUUGCAUAGAGCGCCUGGAGUUGCUGUUUAUCCAGGCCUGGCGCACCAACGUGGAGGGGGAGCUUCUCGCAUUUUUAUUCGGUAUAGUGCGAACCGGUCAUCAGGAACUUAUCACGCAAGAGCUCAUGAUCCCGGUAGCACAGCUGGCAGAUGAUCUCCCUCUUGACAUCAUCUCGCAAGACGACGAGCAUCCAGUCCCCCACGUCCUUUCUCGCACGUUAACACCUUAUCUUCAGUGGUCGGCUUGCGUGGAGGGAGCCGCCGAGCGUAUCCCGCCGUCGCAGCAACAAUACUUGGAUCCCCGGACGGCUCGCGAUCCUGCCUUCUUCAGGCACCCUACAACGGAACAGCUUGCUGCCAUUCGAGUAGAAGAGGAAGAAGAAGAGAGCUCCGGGAGUUACGAAGGCGAAAACGCGAGGGGAGAAGGCGGGGAUAGUGACGAAGUGUUCGGCGAAGAAGACGAAACCCCAGAAGAAGAAAGCUAUAGCGAGUAUAGCGAGGGGGAACAGGGCGAAGAAAAAGAAGAAGACGAGGAAGGAGAAAAGGAGCACGAAGAGGAAUCUGCUGGAUCGGAGUGGGAAGCCGUGCCGGAGGAAGCACUGCGUACGGGUACGCAGGCGGAAGAUCCCGAGGCGGACCGCAAGAGAGAAGAGAUUGCGGCCGGAAAGCAGUUGGAACUCACGAGCGCGGCGAGUCUGCAAAGCUACGACGACCCGAACCAAGAUCCGGAGCCGCCCCGACCUGAAGAUGGCGACCUCGCGGCCACGACUCCGACCCCAUCAGCGUGGCGAAGAAGCCGAUCCCCCUCCUCCCCAACCCAUCCCCCAAGCUUCGCCUUCUCAGAGCAGGCCUACGAGGCUGCUCGACAGUCCCAGAAGAUGCGGAGUCCCUUCUCCGACGCCCCAUCUUCUUCGCGAUCCACCGCCGCCGCCACCCAGUCACGCGGUGCUACUCGCGAUCGAUCCUUCGGUCGAUCCUUCUUCGUCGGCCGCUUUCGCCGACCAGCUCGACCUAGAGCGCCAUUCUCUCGGCGCUACAGUUCUUUGGAGUGCAGCGAGGACGUUUCGGUCGAGCUUGACCCUACUCUUGGGGACACCCCCGAGGACAUCGAGCUCCGAGACGUCAUCCAGUAUCACUUGGAUGACGACACUGUCCCGGCGGCCGAGCGCCUGCAGAUAGCCAUAUUCGCCAUGGGUCGUGCGCGUAGUCGGGUUGCACAGGAUGGCGCCCGCACGUUCACGGUUCCUCAGGUAGACCUCCCGCAUAGUUUUGUCCCUCCUCGCGGAGCUCUAUCCCUUGAGGAGCGAGCCGUCCUCGAGGUCCGUCGCGGCUGCCUUCGUUGUCGCCAGGAUGGACACACCUCCUCGCGGUGUCCAUACCAUGUUGCCCUCUCGUGUCCACCAUUAGACACCCUACCGACUCUCGAUUCCAAGGGCGACGAAACUCAAGCGUCAUCUUGAGGAGCUCCUUAGAUUGGGUUUCAUUAAACCCAGUAACUCCCCUUGGGGUGCACCCGUCCUCUUUGCUAGCAAAGCGGACAAAA